AUGGCGCUAAGAUCGAUUCAUACGCCCAUUCAUGUUAGAGGCACGACUAGUAUUGCAACGAAUAAACUUCAAAAUGAACAGUUGAUGAUGUUAACAAAGAAAUUAAUCGAGAUUCGUAGUAUAUUGAUGUCCAUUGAUCAUAAUGAAACAUUGAAGCUACCUAGUAUAGUAGUCAUUGGAUCUCAAAGUUCUGGUAAAAGUUCAGUAUUAGAAGCUAUUGUAGGACAUGAAUUUCUUCCAAAGGGAACAAAUAUGGUUACUCGAAGACCUAUUGAGUUAACUUUGAUUCAUACACCAAAUCAAGAUGAAGAAUAUGGAGAAUUCCCUCAACUUGGAUUAGGAAAAAUACAUGAUUUUAAAAAGAUUCAAAAGACUUUAGUAGAUAUGAAUUUAGCUGUCUCUGAAUCUGAAUGUGUGUCAGAUAAACCUAUUGAACUUCGUGUUUAUUCACCUAACGUUCCUGAUCUUACUUUAAUUGAUUUACCGGGUUAUAUUCAAAUAUCAAAUAGAAAUCAACCUGAGACACUUAAGAAUAAGAUUGAAGACUUGUGUGAAAAAUAUAUUCGAGGACCCAAUAUCAUUUUAGCCGUUUGUAGUGCUAAUGUUGAUCUUGCUAAUUCACCUGCUCUUAGAGCAAGCAGAAAAUGGGAUCCUCUUGGACUUCGUACAAUUGGUGUAAUCACUAAAAUGGAUCUUGUACCUCCAGAAGUAGGUGCUGCUAUUCUUCGUAAUACAGAUUAUCCACUUCAUCUAGGUUAUAUUGGUGUGGUCUGUAAAGCGCCACAGGAUAAUAAUGACAGCAAUAUGUCUCAUGCUUUAAUGAAGAAUGAAGAGGCUUAUUUUAGAUCUCAUCUUAUCUUUAAUCAACAUGAUAUACUCGUAGGUACCUCUACUUUAAGGCGCAAAUUAAUGAAUGUCUUGGAGCAAAGUAUGGGUAAAUCUUUAUAUAGCAUUGUUGAUGCUGUACAACGUGAAUUAGAAGAGGCCAAAUAUCAGUUUAAGGUUCAAUAUAAUGAUAGAAGAGUUACUGCUGAAUCCUAUGUUGCCGAGACAAUGGACUGUUUAAAACAUGAUUUUAAAAAUUUUGCAAAUAAUUUUGGUAAACCUCAAGUACGUCAUGAAGUACGAUCCAUGUUAGAGCAGAGAGUACUCGAUAUUUGUGCAGAACAAUAUUGGAGUGAUCCAAAGAUUGUUGAGUUACCUAAAGCUUCUCAAGAUGACAUUUAUUGGCUGUAUAAGAUAGACUUUGCCGCUGCUGCUUUAACAAAAAGUGGAAUUGGAAGAGCAACAACUCAAUUAGUAGUUGAUGUCUUGAUGUAUAAUAUGGAAAGACUAGCAAACGUUGAAUCAUUUAGCCAUCAUUCUGAGACUAGAAAACAAAUUAUGAACUUUACUAAUGAAAUAUUAAGAAGUAAAUUUUUAACUACAAGUGAUCAAGUAGAAAAUACAAUUAAGCCAUACAAAUUUGAGGUCGAAAUUACUGAUAAUGAAUGGAAUGAUGGUGUCAAACGUACGAUUGCAUUAUUAGAAAAGGAACUUGAGAUGUGCGAUGAUAUGGCUAAUUCAAUCAAAAAUUCUGUUGGCAAAAAGAAGUUAAAGAGUGCUAUAAAUUAUCUUUUAGAUACAGAAAAAGAAGAAGAUCGACGUCAAAAAAAAAAUCAAGACUUAAAAAAUAGUGAAAAUCAUGAAGAAGAGGAAGAGGAAGAAGUUAUAAAAUCUUUUUAUAAUCCUAAAUUACUUGAAAAAGCAAAAGAGGCGAUCUAUUUGAGAGAUAGAUCAAUUAUUCUCAAGUAUAGAAUUGCUGCUUUAAAGAGUAGACAAUGUAAAUCAUCUGAAAAUAAGCAAUAUUGCCCUGAAGCCUUUUUGAAUGUCAUUGCAGAAAAAUUAACUUAUACGGCUGUCAUGUUUAUUCAAGUUGAAUUAUUAAAUGAAUUCUUCUUUCAAUUCCCUCGUGAAGUAGAUAACCGUUUAGUUUAUGAAAUGGAUCGACGCCAAAUUCAACAAUUUGCUAGAGAAAAUCCGCCUAUACAAAAGCACCUUGAUUUACAGGAACGUAAAAUGAAACUAGAGGAAGUGAUGGAUAAAUUAAACUAUCUUGUAAAGAGACAGGCAGAUAGACAAGCACCAACUAACAAUAACUCAAAAUCGCCAUAUUCUUAA